GUAUCUCCUCCAGCCCAAAGGGAACGGCAGCAAGUCAAAGUCCGAUGAUCUGGGAUCUUUGCGUCUGAAGCUGACAUACAUCGAAGACACGGUGCUGCCAUCUGCCUUCUACACACCGCUCUGCAACCUGCUGCUCAAAUCCCCCGACGUGAAGCCCAUCUCGGCGUCAGCCGCUCACAUCUUAGGGGACAUCUGCAGAGAGCGCUACGAGGCGGUCCUGCCCACGGUCCGACUGCUGCUCCACCACAACCGCUUUGUGCCUUUCAUCUCUGCGGUGGCAGCGCUGGAGCUGGAAAACACUCAGGAGGCUAACACUAUAUUCCGUGGCAACUCACUGGCAACACGCUGCAUCGACGACAUGAUGAAGAUUGUGGGAAAGAAUUACCUGGCUGUUACCCUGAAGCCUGUAAUAGAUGAGAUCUGUGAAUCCAACAAAACAUGUGAGAUAGACCCGGUUAAACUAAAGGAAGGCGACAACGUGGUGGUGAACAAGGUAAACACCUGA